UCGCAGGACCUUCAGAAGGCGCAGGAAGAGUUCUUCGCUGCUGUCUCGCACGAGUUGAGGACGCCUCUCAACGGCAUCAUCGGGCUCUCCGACUCGCUGCUCCGCAUGUGCGAAACGAGCAAUCUCAACGCUCAGUCGUUCGCCAAGACUUUGAAAGUGAUCAUGUCCAGUGGUAACCGCCUGGCAAGUCUAGUCAACGACAUCCUGGACGCUGCGUCGCUGAGGAAGCAGACCCUCGUCAUGCGCCAAGAGGUCGUCGUUCUCCGAGACGUCACUGAGCAUGUGCUCGACAUCCUGGCCCCGCUGGUGAAGAAGGGAGUCUUGUUGGUGAACGAAAUCGAACCGUCUUUCCCCACUAUCGUCGCAGACUCCGGCAGAGUCUCUCAGGUCCUCACGAACCUCGUGAGCAACGCAAUCAAGUUCACAGAGAAGGGGAGCAUAAAGGUCAGAGGACGUCAGACCGGUCCCAACGAGGUCACCGUGGAGGUGCAUGACACCGGUAUCGGCAUCCCUGAAGACAAGCUGGAGACGAUUUGGGGAGCGUUCAAGCAGGUCGACAUGUCUACCACGAGGAAGUUCGGAGGGACGGGCCUCGGGCUGGCGCUUGUGCGGGAGUUGGUG